UUAAAGCAGUCUCGCUGUGUCAGCAGCAUUUAGCGCACUUCUUUCACGUUACACUCACCCGUUUGACCACGAUGCCAUCCGCUCUCGAGGAGUCACCAAAGUGUUAAAUGUUUGAAACAAAAAGCCGCCGAAAUUCUCCUGAGCGAACAAGGCAGGAAAAAGAGAUCCGAUGUACCAAGGAGAGCUCCUAACCCGGAGUUAGAAUUUAUUUGUGAGAAAAGCAUUUCAACCCAAUCUUCAAGCUGGCUCACUGUCUCCCGACCCAGCCCGCUUUGACAGCUGUCCCGCUCUGGAGGACCGUCAACAGCAGCAGCAGCAGUAGCAAGAGGAUGGCAUCAGAGCUGGCACUGAACAGCUCCGACCUGCCCACCAGUCCGCUGGCCAUGGAAUAUGUUAAUGACUUCGAUCUGAUGAAGUUUGAGGUGAAGAAAGAGCCACUGGAGCCCGAUCGCAAUAUCAGCCUGUGCAGCCGCCUGAUCGCCGGGGGCUCCCUUUCUUCCACCCCGAUGAGCACGCCUUGCAGUUCGGUUCCCCCCUCGCCCAGCUUCUCGGCGCCCAGUCCGGGCUCCGGGAGCAGCGAGCAGAAGGCGCACCUGGAGGACUUUUACUGGAUGACGGGCUACCAGCAGCAGCAUCAGCUCAACCCGGAGGCGCUGGGAUUCAGCCCCGAGGACGCGGUGGAGGCGCUCAUCAACAGCACGCACCAGCUGCAGAGCUUCGACGGAUAUGCGCGAGGGCAGCAGUACGGCGGAGCGGCCGGCGCGGGAAGCGCGAUGGCCGGGGAGGAGAUGGGCUCCGCUGCCGCGGUGGUGUCCGCAGUCAUCGCCGCCGCCGCGGCGCAGAACGGUGCGCCUCACCACCACCACCAUCACAGCCACCACCACCCGCACAGCCACCAGCAGCACCACACUCCCGGGGUCCAGUCGAACGGCGGCGCUUCCGGCAGCAGCAGCAGCCACCACCACCACCACCACCAGCACCUGGACGACCGCUUCUCGGACGAGCAGCUGGUCACCAUGUCCGUGCGCGAGCUUAACCGCCAUCUGCGCGGCGUCAGCAAAGAGGAGGUGAUCCGCCUCAAGCAGAAGAGGAGAACCCUCAAAAACAGAGGCUAUGCCCAGUCGUGUCGGUACAAGAGGGUCCAGCAAAGGCACGUAUUGGAGGACGAGAAGAGCCAGCUCAUGCAGCAGGUGGACCACCUCAAGCAGGAGAUCUCCAGACUGGUGCGCGAGAGAGACGCGUACAAAGAGAAGUACGAGAAGCUCGUGAGCAGCGGCUUCCGAGAAAACUCGUCGAGCAGCGACAACAAUCCGUCGUCCCCGGAGUUUUUCAUGUGAGUUGCCCUACACAAAAUGCAUAGAAAAGAUCGAUAAAGCUAAACAAGUUUUUUUUUUUUUUUAAGUCAACUUUAGUUUUCGUUGUAAUGAGAAGUUUUGAGACUUUGAGAGUUUUUUUUUUUUGUUGUUGUUGCCUCAGUUAUAUUUUAUAUUGAACUCUUCAUCUGUUUUGCUUCAUGGUUUUUUUUUUCUUUCCAAAAAAAAAAAAAAAAGAAAAAAAAAGAAAGUUUGCUUUUUUCCCUCCACCUUUUUUUUAUUAUUAUUAUUUGUAUUUUAUUAAAUUUUUUUAUUCUUUUUUUUCAAAGACAGAUGAUUUUUUUUUUUUUUUUGGUCAUUUCCCCCACCAUGUUCAUCUCAUGCUUGCUUGUUUUGUGACUUUACUGCUAUAGACAUUAUCACUAUAUACAGAGACAUUAUAUUGAUGUGCCUGCAUGCUGGACAUGUAUGGUCUUUUUUUUCUCCAUUAUUUUUUACACCUCUUCCUUUUUUUAUGCGCUGGAAAAUGAACUUCUACUUGGAAAUGAACUUCUACUCCGCAUGGCAUUCAUACAUUACUUUCAUUUCCCAAAUCACUUUUUUUGAAUACGGACUAAAAAAGUGACAGGAGCAUCAUAUCACCAUCCUCCCCUGUAGAAAAGCUUGAUCCAUACAUUUAUGCACUGUUCAGAACCAACCGGAAGAACAAGGACCUGGUUUCUAAAAGGAAUUCUCCCUAUGGGACUUAAACAGUGUUGUUGCUAAAAGCAGUUUUGUGUAUUUAAUGUCAAACUUGUGCAUUUUGAUGACUCUGGAAUGAACCACAUUUUUUCUUUUUUCUUUGUGCAUCAUGUAAGAACAGUCGAAGGUAGCCCACGCCACAGGUCGAUGCUGUCAAAGAAGGGUGACUUUGAGAUUAGAUGUAGGAUUUCUGUCCCAAAUUGUUGCCUGCUCAUGGUGGUAGAUAUUUGGGAAGGCUCCAAGUUUGCAUUCAGCUGGAUUUUUAUAAUGCGGAACUGGAGAGCUUUAUGCAGCAUAAGUUUGCAAUGAAAACAGCAGUUCCUGUUGUAGCCUAUGCCACUCACUGUAUUUUAAAACCAAAGUAUUAAACGUGGUGUCCGCAUGCAUUCAGAAGAAAAAAAAAACAUCUGCCCUAUUUGGAAUGAGUUGCAUUAAAUGUAGCUUGAAUCAUAUAUCACACAGUGGAAUUUAUCUAGAACGCUAAUUUAAAAGCACCCGUCAUGGCUUUGCUGAAACUAAAGGAAAUGAUCUUAUUUAGAUUAUAUAUAUAUAUAAAAUCUAAAUAAGAUCAUAUAUAUAUAUGUAUGUAUAUUGUCAAGCAGGACUCGAUUCUUUCUUUCUUUCUUUCUUUGACUUUUAUUAAUAUAUUCAUUAUUUGCAAGGCAAUAAUAUAGUAAUACAUAUUAAAAUGUCUUGACAUUGUUUUAUGGUCAGGGAUUGACACCCUGCUUGUAUAAAUUCAGGAUAAACCGCUCCUCAAUAAAUUCUCUAAACUAUGUUAAUUAAAACUUUUUUUCAUAUAUAUAUAUAAAUAUAUUUUGCUGUGCAAAAUGAUGUCACCCACUAACCAUAUGUGAUGUUCAUAUGUGCUUAUUUUCAUUUCAUACAACUAUAUGAUAUGCAAUAAAAUGCAAUU